AGUGCCCAUGUGCCCUAACUACCCAAAUCAACCGAAGUAGCAAACCGAAACGAGGAAGAGAGAGAAAUGGCACUGAGAGCAGUCCUACUUCGCCAGCUCCGGGUCCCCGUACAAACGCUAGCCCUAGCCAGUCGCAAAUCUCAACCAUGGAGCUUCUCUAGUUGUAUCCGGUUAAUGUCAUCACAUGACGAUCAUCUCAGCAAGGAACAGGUCAUCGGGAGAGUCCUCGAUGUUGUCAAGAGUUUCCCUAAAGUCGAUCCAUCCAGGGUGACUCCAGAUGUACAUUUCCAGAAAGAUCUGGGUUUGGAUAGCUUGGACAAUGUAGAGAUUAUAAUGGCUAUAGAGGAGGAGUUUAAGCUGGAAAUUCCAGACAAGGAAGCAGUUAAGAUUGACUCCUGUAAUCUUGCCAUUGAGUAUGUUUAUAACCAUCCAAUGGCUGCUUGAUUUAUGCAUGGGGUUUCUUUCCUUGAAUUGUGAGGAAAGCAGUGAUCUUCUUCUUUGUUCUUGUUUGACUUGUUUGGUGUCUGUAUGGAUUUGAUCCUGGUAAUGAGUUGGAAAAUAAUCUGAAUCUGUUUGAUAA